AUGGCUUCUUUAGGGUCCCUUUUAGAUGAGGUUCCAGACCUGCAGGCAUGCAAAGAUGAGCGUCUGGUGAGUGACGCUGGUGAUGCCGACAGUCUGGAUGACAAGAGCAAGACAAUACGAGACAACGCCGUUUCCACUCCACUGACUGAAUACACCGAGAGACACCGAGAUGAGGAGUCUCCAUCUAUAUCCCUUGGUCUUGAGCAUGUCUGCGUAGGUGAUACCGGCAUGGGCCUCCUACUCCGCCUUGAUGGUGUUGGUGAUCCCCUCGGUCUCACAGUGGACAAAGGGUGA